AUGUCGCGGGCAAGUUCCAAAGGGGCCAGCACGGUGCAGCGCAUUCAGCAGCUGCUGCACCAAAUGGCACAAGAGCAUGAGGAAGAAGUCAGCCGAUUGAAAGCCGACGUGCGACGGCUCUCGUCGGCUUCAGGCACAUCUCAUUGCCCUCCGGCAGCGCAGCCAGAUGGGCUGCAGUCCGAGGAUAGCGAGGGGAACAAUGUUCUGGAGCAGGAUUCGCUUCGCGAGGCCGCAGCUUGCGCCGCCGAGCUGCCUCCGCCACCAACGGGAACUCACAGCUUCAGCGACAUCAGCAAGCCGGACAUGUCUCUAGCUGAUGCAGAGGUCACUCAGGAAGAUCGCCGGCCGCCGUUCAGCCCAAGUUUAUCCGUGGAUCUGGAUGCUGAUGAAAUCGACGCGUUUGGAAACGAACUGGAUUUUGACGGUCCGGCUGUUUCUCCAGUCCGCACUGUAGUGUAUUCGCUCCGCAACCUUCCUGGGUCGAUGCUGGCAGGUGUGGAGGCGAGCGCUGCGAAAUGCAAGCUGGUGGUCAAGUCUGAGUUUAGCGAAGGCUGCACCGAAUUUGUCCCAUUGCGGCUCGAGGAGCCAAGCGUCCCAGGACAAGUUUGUACGUCCACUGCAUGGUCAGCAGUUUGGGACGAGACCGGAUCAGAUGUGCUCUUGCACGUGUCUGACCCAUUGCCGGAGCAUCUGAAGAUUGCCAUCCAGAUCCAGGGACAUACGACCGCCAUCGCAGAAGGUCUGGUGACACUCAAUGCUGCAAGGCAGACAUGGACACUUUUCGGGGGUGGUGAAGUGGAUGCGGAAGCCGUGGUGGAAAAG